AGUAGAAAAUGACGGGAAUUUGCGGUAAUGUCAAUUUUAUUCACAAAUGUACCAUUGCUGAGAAAAAGUCACAUUUUUGAACAACUACAGAAUGGAAUCGGCAGAGGUUGAGCGGGUCAUAAAGGAUUUAGAGACUAAAAUCCAGACAUCCAGCUUGAAAAAGCGAAAACAGGUUAUAGAUAGUUUGAUACAUGUUGCAAAGAACCACGGACGUGGAUUCUUUCUUCCAGAUAUCACUGAAGACCUAAUUAGAAGAUUAUGCAAAGUUGUACCCAUCACUUUGCAUCGGUACAGAGAUGACACCUCUAGGGCUUUUGUAAGAGGUUUUGUCAAGUUUUUGCUUACUCGAUACCCAGAAUUUUCAGUAGAAACGCUUACAGCAGAGCUAGCAAACGUCGCAGAUCAAUUUAAGAAACUAGCAGUGAGUGAUAAUGUGAGUCACACUGCUUUAUGUGCUCUUGAAUGGAGUACGAUUAUAUUUAAGAAUGGGUGGAUUAUCCAGAAAAGGUUAAUUUACGAUAAUCUGUGUGGCCUUUUGCAAACGCAGGCGGUUUUUCUCACCUGCGUGGUUGCUGGUGGAGAUAGAAAGACAAUCCAGAAAGCAUAUGAUUUGUUGAACGAUUCCUGGCCAGGUGAUUUUAAAGGUGAUACAGCCUGUUUUACUAUGCUAAAAUUAAUGAACCAGAGCCCCUGUGUAGCGGUUAUGCAGGCUGUUAUGAUUAAAAGACAUUCAGAUAAAGACAAUGAUGUUGUCAGUGAAAGUAUAGGGAAAUGUUUAGAAACACUUAUAAAAGUAUUCAUCAGUGUCAAAAUACCUCCCCCAGCUAAUGUUCUCAAAGCAUGCUACCCAACGCUUGCCGAAGUAAAAUUGAAUUUGUUUAACAGACUUGUUUUGCCUGCACUUCAAAAGGCAAUGUUGAGAAACCCUGAACGUAUUUUAGAAACUGUUGGACUUGUGCUGGCGGGUGUUAACUUGGAUUUGAGCAGUUGUGCGAUGGAAAUUGGCAGCAGCUUAAUAACAAAUUUGCAUUCGAAGGACGAAAAUGCCCGAUUACAUUCUGCUGCUGGUUGCAAGUAUUUGGCAGAAAAAAUUAGUGAGCCGAAAGCAAUUGAGGAAUUGUUGAGGAGAACCUUUGAUGUCUACAAUGGUUCGAAUGGAAAACUAACUGUGGCUGAACAUAAAAUGGGGGUCUUACAGGGUGCAGCUAACUUUAGUUACAAUAACGUCGCUGCUGAAAACCUGCCAGCUCUAAUUUCAAAAGCAAUGACACAUUUUAUUAAAGUGCUGGAUAGUGAAGGUCACGAGAAAACUUUAUGUUUUACCUUGGAAAUGAUGUCAUUCUGGACUAGUAAAAUAAGCGAAGAAGUUCCCAAAGACUUAAUGGAUAUAUUCAAGAAAGGACCAUCGUUAAAAUCGUCUACUCCACUAGUUAAAAUUUCUUACAUUCAAUGCAUGCUGAAAACUUUCAACUUGAAGACAAUGCUACAAGCUUCAGACUUAAUUCCAACACUCCUAAAGUCAGUUGAAAAAGCUGCUGCACAGCCCAUUCAACCUAAUUCUGUUAGUGAAGGAUUAUGUGCAUCGUUAUUGCUCAUCGGCAUAUCAAAAGCAAAACUUGAGAAAGAAAACGGUUUAUCAAAUAUGUGGAAUACGGUUCUCGACAUGGACAAACAAUUAUUUGUUGCUGAUAAAUUUCUACAGAACGCAAGUGAAAACAUGUUGCCGUAUGUCGCUGAGCUAUGUAUAAACCUACUAGUUGAGUACCCAAACAAAAUAGGUAACAAAAUCGAACCCCUUUUGAAGGCUAUCAUCCAUUGUGCCCUAUAUCCGAAAGCUGAGACUCGAUUGAAGUCCUUAUCAAAGGUUAAAGCCAUAUCUGCAGGCUCCAAAGGAACUCAAAUUAAGAUUGCCCUUUUAACACAAUUAGAAGUGUUGUUGAGCAAUAAUAAAAUCUCAUUUUCCAAAGACAACAGCGAUAAUAAUAUUGUCAGCACUGCCCAUGCCCUAUCAGGAUUUAUAACAACUCUAUGUUCAGCUGUCGGUGUAUCAGCAGGGGAUGCUCAUUCACUUGUAAUUAGCGCCAUAUUACCCUGUCAUUAUCCGCUGGUUUUUGAUAGAACACCAAAAUUAUGGGUGAAAAUUACCAAAUACCUAAAAUUGAAUCCCAAAAUGUUGGUAGCCCAGAGAGCUCCAGAAUUAAAGAAAAAGUUGCUUGAUAACUACAAAGAAUGCCAGACUUAUGAAAAUAGUUUAUCUACACUGAUGUCUCUUAAUCCCGAAGUAAUACUGCCCGAUUUGCUGAGCAAAUUGAAACAAGGUCUGCAAGAUCCCCGAAUAAGCCAAAUAACAAAGGAUGAUUAUUUCACAUUUUUGACUCCUGAUGGAGAGCUGUACGAUAAAAGCGUAAUUCCAGGCGACGACAGUAACGACGAAAUGAAUUUGAAAAGGGAGAGUAAAGCUUAUAGUUACAAAGAGCAGCUGGAAGAAAUGCAGUUACGAAGAGAGUUGGCAGAAAAAAAGAAGAAGAAAGACGGCAAAGUUAAAUUCACUCCUAAGCAGUUGGAGGCUAUUAAGAACCAAACUAUUAAGGAGGAAGGAAUAAGAAAUAAACUUACUGAGUUAAAUGAAGUUAUAAGCAAAAGUAUUUCUUUGGUCAAAGCAGCAGCCAAGGGCAAUCCUGUGGAACUAUCAUUACAUUACAAAGACCUGCUGCCGCUGAUUCUUCAUAAUCUACAGUCUCCAUUAGCGGCGCCACAUCUAACCAAACUGUUCCUAGAGCUGAGUAAAACCGUCUUUCCACCUGACAUGAAAAUAUUAGGAGAAUUAAUCGGUAUAAUUACGAUCAGACUGUGCAAGCCCCAAUGUGAUCUUGAUGCAAAUUGGGAAGAGGAGCCUAUAAGCAGAAUGAUGGUUCGUGUGUUGGGAUUGAUUCAUGACAAAACGGUGCCAAAGAAAACCGAAGAAAAAAAUCAAAAGAUUGCUUGCUUGUCCGCGCCAGCCUUUAGCUACACGUUUCCAUUUGUAAAGUAUAGUUUGACAUCGAAUUACGCCAAGGAUCAUCAAGACUUCAUUACCACAGGGCUUCAAUUCAUUUCCGAACAUGCAAAGGUCCGAGGUUCUUCCGUUGGUCGAAAUCUGAAUAUUUAUCAUCCUAAAUAUUUGCCUACCAAACAAAUGUUUUUGUUAUUGGUUGAUAUCAUAUGUAAUAGUUCAGGAAGAGUUCAGGCUCAAUCUGAAGCGUGCUUGCUUGAUAUUGCAAAUAGCGUAAGCGGUAACCCAGGUUGCGCUAAGGCUACUUUGGACGAAAUCGACGUUUUACUGUCGGCGUUGCAAAGCAAAGUUGAUGUAGGCAGAGAUGCUGCUUUGCGCGCCCUUUUAAUCAUUGUUUCAUCUUUGCCUACUUUUGAGGAUGAUUAUGAGUAUGCCCUUCGGCUUAAUAAGCGAGUUUGGAUAUCGCGAUUCGAUCAAGUUCAUGAAAAUAGAAUAUUGGCUGAGAAAUUAUGGAUUCAAGCCCGAAUGGAGUUUCCUGCAUCGCUCAGUACUGAAUUGAUGGCUGACAUUGAACAUCCGAUAGAAUCUGUUCAAACGUCGGCUGGCAAAGCUCUUGCAGCCUUAUUGGAAAACGAUCGAGAUCAAGUUCAGCCCACCAUUAACUCAUUGUUGAAAUUAUACAACGAUAGACUCAAGAUGACUCCAGCAAAACUUGAUGAAUUUGGAAGAGAAAUCGAAAAGGCUGUUGAUACGUGGGACCCUAGAAGAGGGGUAGCGGUGGCAAUUGCAGAAUUAGCACCGCUAAUUACUCCAGAUGUAGUUAGCAAUUUAAUUCAUUUCUUCGUUUUCUCGUCUCUGAGCGACAGAAGCGAGACUGUGCGAAAAGAGAUGUUAAAUGCAGCAUUGAGAAUUGUCGACUUACAUGGCAAGGAGAGGGUCGGCACUUUAUGGCCGGUCUUUGAUGAAUUUAUGGGUAAAUCGUCAAAGUCCGCCAAUUUUGAUGCGGUUAAACAAGCAGUCGUAGUACUAAUGGGUUGUUUGGCCAGGCAUUUAGAAAAGGACGAUGCUAGAAUUAAACCUAUAUUUUCUCGCUUGAUACAAGCAUUAUCGACACCAUCUCAAACAGUUCAAGAAGCAGUAGCAAACUGUUUACCGCCUUUAGCAACAUGUGUGCGAGAUGAAGCCCCAGGCUAUAUUAAUAAACUACUUCAUCAGUUGUUAAAGGGUGACAAAUAUGGGGAACGAAAAGGAGCCGCUUAUGGUCUAGCAGGAAUCAUUAAAGGUCUUGGCAUUUUGGCACUGAAGCAAAAUGACAUUAUGAGCAAGCUCACCGAUGCCGUGCAAGAUAAAAAGAACUAUAAACACCGAGAAGGUGCUCUUUUUGCCUUUGAAAUGCUUUUCCAAAUGCUCGGUAAACUGUUUGAGCCCUAUAUUGUGCAUGUUCUGCCGCACUUGUUACAAUGUUUUGGCGACACCAGCCAAUAUGUUAGGGAUGCCGCUCACGACACAUCAAGAGUGGUAAUGGGCAAAUUAUCCGGUCAUGGUGUUAAAUUAGUGUUACCUUCUCUUCUCGAGGCUUUAGAAGAGGAUUCUUGGAGAACAAAAACUGGCUCUGUAGAUCUUCUUGGUACCAUGGCAUUUUGUGCCCCAAAGCAAUUAUCUUCUUGUCUUCCCAGUAUAGUACCGAAACUCAUAGAAGUUCUCAGUGAUUCGCACAUGAAAGUUCAGGAGUCUGGUGCAAAGGCUCUUAAAGUUAUUGGCUCCGUCAUUAGGAAUCCUGAGAUUCAGGCUAUUGUUCCGGUCCUCCUAAGAGCCCUUCAAGAUCCAUCAAAUAAAACAUCAGUGUGUCUGCAAACAUUGUUAGAUACCAAGUUCGUGCAUUUCAUUGAUGCACCAUCUCUGGCUUUAAUAAUGCCGGUUGUUCAGCGGGCAUUUAUGGACCGAUCUACCGAAACACGCAAAAUGGCUGCACAAAUCAUCGGAAAUAUGUACUCUCUCACCGAUCAGAAGGAUCUGAUGCCUUAUUUGCCGACUAUUAUACCAGGCUUAAAGACUUCUCUGCUUGAUCCGGUUCCAGAGGUGAGAUCAGUAAGCGCUAGAGCUUUAGGAGCGAUGGUGCGGGGAAUGGGAGAAACUACUUUUGAGGAUUUACUGCCAUGGCUCAUGAAAACGCUCACAUCGGAGUCAAGCUCAGUAGAUAGAUCUGGAGCAGCUCAAGGAUUGUCGGAAGUAGUAGGUGGACUGGGUGUUGAAAAGCUGCACAAGUUGAUGCCGGAUAUAAUCAACACGGCAGAAAGAACCGAUAUUGCUCCUCACGUAAAAGACGGCUACAUUAUGAUGUUCAUUUAUAUGCCCAGUGUUUUCACUCCCGAAUUUACCCAAUACAUCGGUCAAAUAAUAAAUCCCAUACUCAAAGCGUUGGCAGAUGAAAACGAGUACGUUCGGGAAACAGCUUUAAAAGCUGGCCAAAGAAUCGUCAAUCUAUAUGCAGAGUCUGCAAUUUUAUUGCUCUUACCUGAACUGGAAAAGGGGCUGUUUGAUGAGAAUUGGAGAAUUCGCUACAGUUCGGUGCAACUGCUAGGGGAUCUUUUGUACCGCAUAUCGGGAGUAACUGGUAAAAUGAGCACAGAAACCGCAAGUGAGGAUGAUAAUUUUGGAACUGAACAGUCUCACUUGGCUAUUAUCAACGCCUUAGGUCGAGAAACACGAAAUCGAGUAUUGGCUGGUUUAUAUAUGGGCAGGUCAGACGUAGCUCUGAUGGUGCGACAAGCUGCCCUGCACGUUUGGAAGGUCGUAGUUACGAACACUCCCAGAACACUCAAGGAAAUUUUGCCUACUUUAUUCAAUUUGUUACUAGGCUGUUUGGCAAGUGACAGUUACGAUAAGCGGCAAGUAGCGGCGAGAACAUUGGGAGACUUAGUCAGAAAAUUAGGCGAAAGAGUUUUACCGGAAAUAAUUCCCAUUCUCGAAGAAGGCUUGGAAUCUGAGCGGGCAGAUCAACGGCAAGGUGUUUGCAUCGGUUUGUCAGAAAUAAUGGCUUCUACUUCAAAGGACAUGGUGUAUACAUUUGUCAAUUCACUAGUGCCUACAGUUAGGCGUGCUCUAUGCGAUCCUCUGCCGGAAGUUCGGCAGGCAGCAGCGAAAACUUUCGAUAGUUUGCAUUCAACUGUGGGCUCUAGAGCUUUGGACGAUAUUCUGCCCAAUCUUUUGAGUCAACUGAACGAUGACGAUCCAGCAGUAGUGGAAUGUACACUUGAUGGUUUAAGACAAGUGAUGGCCAUAAAAUCCAGGGUAGUUUUGCCCUAUUUGGUACCACAGUUGACGGCACCUCCGGCUAAUACUAAAGCCCUAUCCAUACUGGCUUCCGUUGCUGGGGAAGCAUUGAACAAGUAUUUGCCGAGGAUUUUACCAGCUUUGCAGAAGGCGCUAGCCACUUCGAAGGGUACCCCGGAAGAGGCACAAGAACUAGAAUAUUGCCAAGCUGUGAUUCUUUCAGUGGUUGAUGAUGUAGGCAUUCGUACGGUUAUAGACACCAUGCUGCAGAACACUAAAACGGAAGAUGCCGAUCAAAGAAGAGCAGCAGCUACCUUGUUGUGCGCUUUCUGUGCCAAUUCCAAAGCUCAAUAUGCAGCCCAUGUACCUCAGCUACUUAGAGGUUUAAUUUUCUUGAUGACUGAUAAUGAUAGAGACGUUUUGCAAAGAGCUUGGGAAGCUUUGAACGCAGUCACCAAGACGUUGGAACCAAAACAACAAGCUGCUUAUGUAUCAGACGUUCGACAAGCUGUGCGAUAUGCCAUGUCCGAUCUGAAAGGCAUAUCAGAUCUACUGCCUGGCUUCUGUUUGCCAAAAGGAAUUGUACCUAUUUUGCCCAUUUUUCGGGAAGCAAUUCUCAAUGGUGAUGGCGAUGAAAAAGAUGCAGCAGCACAAGGUUUGGGAGAAAUUAUCAGGGUAACAAAUUCUACGGCACUUCAACCAAGUGUCGUUGCUAUAACUGGACCACUCAUUCGAAUCUUGGGCGAUAGGUUCGGUGCAAACGUAAAGACUGCUGUUUUAGAAACGUUAGCUACGUUAUUAUCUAAGGUUGGAUCAAUGCUGAAACAGUUCUUACCGCAGUUGCAAACUACAUUUUUAAAAGCGCUCAACGAUCCGAGCCGAACAGUAAGGCUAAAGUCUGCAGCCGCCCUUGGAGAACUAAUUCCUAUUCAUCAAAGGGCUGACCCCCUUUUUACAGAGCUACAUAAUAGCAUUAAAAAUAAUGAAGACGCAGCUGUCAAAGAAACAACCUUACACGCUCUGAGAGGCAUAAUAACUCCAGCGGGAGAUAAAAUGUCCGAACCAAUCAAAAAGCAGAUCCACGCGACUUUAUUAACAAAUCUAGGACAAUCAGAGGAAAAUGUUAGAAAAUGUGCAGCUGGUUGUUUAGGGGCCAUUUGCAAGUACUUAUCACCGGAGCAGUUGGAUGCUACGCUAUCAGAGCAUUUAUUGAAUGACGACGCAAGUGCAAAUAUGACAUUGCGAGAAGGUCGAGGAUUCGCACUAACAGUAGCACUGAAAGAAGCUCCAGAAAGACUGUGGGAUGAACAGUACAAAAUGAAAUUAAGUCAAGUAUUGUUGAGCCAAUUCCAAUCGCAGGUCGUUAGUAUAACCCAAAGCGCUAUACGAUCUUGCGGUUACCUACUUGAAUACAUCAUUUCCAAUGGUGAAGCCAUUCCAAAUAAUGUUUUAGUUGCAUUUGUUAGGACCAUGAAUAACACGAACAAUGAAGUGAAGCAGUUACUUGCCAGAGUAUUAUUCCAUUUAGCGAAAAUCAUCCCUACAGAGAAGUUUACUUCAGAUUUUCUUAGAUUGGUUUUGCCAACACUGGUAAAUGGGACAAAGGAAAAAAACGUAUACGUGAAAGCUAACUCCGAAAUAGCUCUUAUUGCUAUUUUGAAGCUUAAGAAUGGAGACUCCGUGUUUCUUAAAAUGUCAAAUUCGUUGGAUAUUGGUGCCCGCGAAUCAUUAUCAGAUGUUGUAAACAAAGUGCUUAAGAAAAUGUUACAUCAACCAGAGGGCAAAGACGAGGAUAUAGAUGACACAUUACUGACUUGAUCAUUGGACACUUGUAAGUCAUGAUACAAACUUCGAGUCCAGUUGAAUAUUAAGGGAACAUCAUGCUGUUCAAGCAAUAUCAGUAUCAUCAUUUUAAAAUAUAUCCUCAAGUGUAUUAAGUUGACUAGAAAUAUACAUAUAACGUCCCAA